AAGGAACAGGCAAAAGUACUUGUUGAACUGAAUGAAAUAACAGAAAAGUUUAACCCAUUUCAAGAUAGGCUGUCAAUAUACACAAAAAAUUAUGAACAAGCGAAAAGUGAGUUGGAGAAACUACAACAGAAAUGUGUUCGAGUGGAGGAAAAACUGUCUAAAUUUAACACCAGAAAUGUUCAGAGAAAAUUGAAAAGGCGAGACAAUAAAAUAAAGGAAUUGGAGGAUGCAGUUAAGCAGUCAAAAAUACAAACAGCUGAUUUCCAAAGGACAAUAAAUGAAUUGCAGGGGGAGAUUAAUGAAGUAAAACUUGAUCUACAGGCUACAGAAAUGUCUAGGUCUGAGCUGGAAGAUAAACUCAGUAAUGAAAAAAAAGCCAAGAGGAAGGUAUCCCAGAAACUGUGGUACAAGUCCCAAAAAAACUCAUGUAUUGAGGACAUUAGUUAUGAUAAGAAUGCAGAAAAGGAACUGAAAUUUCUGAAUGAAAGAAUUGAUAGUUUGAAAAAGAAAAAUACAGAAUUAGAAGAACUUGUGUCUUUGUUUCAAGAUGAAGAAGUGGUUUCAUUUCAUGAUGGAAGGUAUAAAGAUGAAAUACGAGAAACUGUAAUGGAACUUUUAGCCUGUAAUGUAUCAAUGGCCAAAGUUAGUAAAGUUAUAAGAAUUGUUUUACAAAAACUAACAAAUCGAUCAAUUGCAAGACUGCCUUCAGUAGCUACAAUAUCGCAGAUAGCUGUAGAGGCGAGGCAUCUUGCUGACAUAGAAGUUGCACAGUCUAUGCAUUGCAACAAUCCCUCAUCUAGUCUUGGCAACUGUCUCCAUGGUGAUGGUACUACCAAGUACCACAAGAA